GAAGAGUUGACAUUUUGAUCUCGAUCGUCACGACCAUAUAUAGUGCGUCCGUCGUCGGGGUUGUUCGUCGGAUUCUUGUUGAUUCAUAUUAUAUUAUAAUUUUUUUUUUUGUCAUCUAGUUUUUGAUUUUUAUAUAUUUUUUUUUUAACUCGUUUUCAUCAUCAAACUAUAAUAUUUUAUAUUCACCUUCUGCAUAUACGCCGAGGAUCAACAUGCAAAACUUCACAGAACAUUCGUCUAACGCCAUUACCAAACCUACAAACAGUCGUAUCCUUUAUGAUAUACCGUGUAAAGUGUGCAAGGACUUUUCGUCCGGUAAACAUUAUGGCAUAUACGCAUGUGACGGAUGUGCAGGGUUUUUUAAAAGAUCUAUUCGGCGUAAUAGACAAUAUAUUUGUAAAUCAAAAUCAGAAGGCGCGUGUCCAGUUGAUAAAACGCAUCGGAAUCAGUGUCGAGCUUGCAGACUCCGGAAAUGUAUGCUUUCCGGCAUGAAUAAGGAUGCUGUUCAACAUGAACGCGGUCCUAGAACGUCAACAGUUCGUCGACAACUUCAAGGACUCUGUUAUUCUAAAGAUCGAUCGGCAAGUAACUCACCGCCGCUGGAUUUAACGCCCAAGAGGUCUCCGGAAUGUUCGACAACUUGCUCAACUCCGCCCGGCAGAUACAUUCCCGAUUCGAAUUUAUAUUUAUCGGCUUUCCGGCCACAGAUGUCAAUGAUGCCGAGAUUUUUAAAUACUAUGAGACUCACGCAAGCAGUUUACGAGACGGCUGCUUCGAUUUUGGUCACAGUUUCUACGAUCAAAAGUUUUCCGGCUCUGAUGACUCUACCUUUUGUCGACCAGUUUGAAUUGCUCAGAGAGAGCUGGCACGAAUUGUUCAUAUUGACGGCUGCUCAAUAUUUUUCUGACACCGAUAUAUCUCUACUGCACGAAGAACACCGAUCCAAUUUCGGACCGUCGAUGGACAUCGAUGAACAAAUCGCUGUGUUCAAGGAUACACUGGCCACGGUCAAACACCGGCAAGUCGAUCCGAUCGAACAAUAUUUGUUGAACGAAAUCGUACUGCUCAAAUCAGGAUCAGUCAAGGGUCGCGGCUGCAACAGUUCUGAAGACACGGAGACUAUUUUGGACGGGUUAUCCGUGAAGAGCAAAGAGGCACUAAGACGGCACGUGCAUCACGUACAUUUGGCCCGGCCAGACGCGCGAUACGACGAAUUGAUCGAGAUAUUGCCCAGCAUCCGAUCCGUGCCAAAAACCAUAGUGGUCGAGUUGUUCUUCCGUCGCACCAUCGGUCAAACUCCCAUCGAACCGUUCGUGUGCGGCACAUACACCAACUACUUGCAGACGGCACCGCACUUGCAGACCAUCAUCAGCAAGGCCAAGAUAUGUCAUUGCUUGCAGUGACGGACGCAGCGUAAUGUGCAUAAUAUUAUUAGAGGACAAGUGGUGAACUAUUUACCUACGUUUUACGCGAGUUUGAUUUAAACGCUAAUGUAUGUAUGGGUACGUAAUAAUAUUAUUAUUAUGGCUGUAAUAAUUUAUUAUACUAUAAUAUACGAUCCAUAUAUAUAGUGAUAUUGUACAUAAAUAUUAUAUACAUUAAUUAUAAUAUGUUUUCUUAAGCUCAUAUUAUUAUUAUAUGCUCGACGCUCCAGGGUUUGAAAAUUUAAACAAAUUACCUAUUAUGUUUAUAUUAUAUUAUUAUAUAGUUAAAAUAAAAUAAUAUAUAAAUUAUUGUUUUGAGCACAUUUUACAAUCGUCAAGUACUACUAUUAUAAAUAUUAAUUUUACGCUUUAUUUUACACAUAGUAUUGUAAACUGUGAUU